AUUUUACAGCCAGCAAUGGCUCAAGAGGGCGUGUGCUGGGGUGUCGACGGCAAGCAGUGGACCAACAACAAACAGUGCCCAGGCUCCUCGGCCUGUUGUGGUGAGGGGGCAACUUGCAUGCCAAAUCGGCUCUGCAAGAACAAAGGACAAGGAGAGAAUGAGUUUGUUCGAGGCCCAUGUGCAGUUGCACCAUAUGACAAGAAGAAGUGUGCUGCUAUCUGUCUUUACGGGGAGAGAAAUAAUCGAUUCCCGCGUGUGAAACGAUGCGACGAUGGCAGCUACUGCUGUUCGGAAGACGAUCCUGGAUGCUGCGCCGGUAAACGCGGUGUCUUCCUCGACUCAAAAGGCAACAUUGAGGAUGACGUGACUUCUUCAACCGUAUCUUUGGUCGAGACCACCUCCUCAGCUGAGACAAUAUCAUCUACAAUCACGGAUGCUUCCGUGACGGCAUCCUCCGAUCCAAGCCCCACGUCAGACGAGACGGAAGAAACGAAUACUGGGACUCCCGAAAACAGUCAAGGCAUGAAGAUCGGACUUGGUGUUGGUGUCCCGGCCGCUGCCGUAAUCGCUGGGCUAUCUGUUUGGCUCUUCCUUCGUAAAAAGACUGCCAAGCAUCAAAACCAGAGUACAGCUGUUUCGCAUCCCGCGACGUACCAUUACCCACAACCAGGAGGUCCGCCAGACGUCUCCCAGGCACAUCUAUACCAGCAACAAUAUCCUCAUGCAUAUGAGCACUAUCCUGAAGUCGGUGACCAAAGAAGCACAAAGUCUCCUCCUACAGUACAAGAGCUCCAAGGGUGA